AUGGCACGCGGCCGCAAGUUCUACCCUUCCAACAAGUUCAUCAUCAGCUGCGGCACCGUCACAAUCGACAUGCGGGCACGGCGCGUACUCCUCAUCUACAACAAGAGACACGCAAUCUACCAGAUGCCCAAGGGACGGAAAGAUAUCGGCGAAGACCUCCUCGCAGCGGCGCUACGCGAGACCCGCGAGGAGACGGGAGUCACGGUCAAGCCCAUUACCUUGAGACUCAGCACGAGAGCGACACCUGCGGGUGGUCCCUCUGGUGCCCCGGAAGUGUCCGAGGAGAUCACCGAUACGGAACCGAUUGCCGUGUGUCACUACCCAGACCCGGCCACCGGAGCUAUGAAGAUGGUGUUUUACUUUGUUGCGGAAGGAAACUGUAAACUUGGGCCGGAGGGUUGGACGGGAGAGGACAGGGUCAAGUUUGAUGUCAGCUGGGUUGAUGUCGAUGAAGCUGCGGACAAGUUGGCUUUCAAGGAGGAUGGCAUGGUCGUCACCAAGGCCCUGGAGGAUUUGAGAAAAUCGGGGUAUGAUAUCUGA